AAAAACAUUAGCAUAACCUGGUCCCACUGCAAAAUUAUUUAUUUUUAUACGUGGUUCGUGGACCCGAUUAGUUUUUAUUUUGAAUGUUUUAGCUUUUGCGGCACUAAAAUGCAUGCAAAACUAAGCGAGAUGGAGCUGCGUAUCGCAGCCCGGCUAAACGAGGAGAUUGGAAAGGACGCCAACCGAUUAAAUCGUGCCAGUCUCGUAGCCAGCUACUACAAGGAGCGGCUUCAAGCCUUUUCCCAGACGCUCGACUAUGAAGAUGUCCAGAACGUUUCAUGCUACAAAUCUGCCUUCCAAUGCCAGCAACAAGUGUGCGAGAGCAUCGACUUUGAGCUGGAGAAACUGGCCCAGUUCGGCGCCAAACUGAAACGAAAGCUGCAGGAGUGUCAGCCCGCCUUGGACAAAGUAGCCGACGACUUGGACCAAGUGCGUCAUAUGCAGAGAUUAACGCAGUAUCUGCGAUUGGUCCAGGACAUCCAGGAGAUCAGUGCUGCGCUGGGAAGCGCAAUAAAUGGCAAGGACGAGGCCAAGCUAGUCAAUAUCUACCUGACGCUGUACGAGGGCAACGACUGCGAACACAGUGUGGUGGGACGUCUGCAUGCCGUGCAGGCAAAGUCCCUGAAAUCCUUUGCCGAGCGCACUGCCAUUUACUGGCACAAGCUGCUGAUUACGCGGCUAUCGAGCGAAUUUGAAACUGUGCUGAAGAAUAUGCGCUGGGCGCAUCUGAACCAGCAGCCCCUCAACUACUCCCCCACCCGGGACACUGCCAAGGCCCAGCUACUGGCCGAAUAUAUGUUCCUCAUCAAGUCGCCGGCAGAGGAACAAGCACCCCUGCAAAGCAUCACGCCCAGCAUCAUUUGCCCGCCCAUCAGUCAGGUAGUGCAGCUUCUGUUAGCACCCUACCGCCAGCGUUUUACGUUCCACUUUACCGGAACCCGGCAAACCAAUCGAUUGGACAAGCCCGAGUGGUUCUAUACACAGAUUCUCAACUGGGGCAAGGAGACACACUUUUUCGUAGGCAAAACAUUCCAGCCGGCAGCAAUAAAGGCUGGAAAAUUGGACUAUAAUAUCAGGCUCGAAUUUAUGCGGGGUCUGGUGCAGCUAACCAUUGAGAAGCUGGUAGUGGACAUUGAACAGAUCGCCCAAGACGAGAUACUCUUCGCCCAUCUGCUAGACGAGACUUUGGCGUUCGAGGCCGAGCUGCGCGAGACAUUCGGUUAUCCGUCAAGUUUUCCCAGCGCCAUUUCCGUAAUUACACAGCCCAUGUACUUACUUCGCUGGAUUUCGCUCGAAGAACGAUUUUGUGCGGAAAAAAUGGACGAUAUUCUGCAGGCGGAGACACCCUUCCAGCUAAUAGAUCCCAAUACGUUCGAGGACGAUCUGAAGAUACCCAGGUGUGCGGAUCAGUUUAUGCGACUCUUGGACGCUAUAAAAGACCGAUACUACGGACUCAUCCAGCCGGGCCACCAACUGCAAUUCCUGCAACUCCAAUUGGAGUUGAUUGAUAGCUUUCGACGAAGAUUGGUGCAGCUGCACAGCAGUGGAGCAGUGCCGAGCAUUCCGGUGCUGAAUGCCAUUAACUACCUGGUAAUGGUGUUGCGUGAAUGGGGCGAGAACGUGCACUAUCUACAUCUCCACUCGGCACUGGCGGGUCCCAAUGCCCCGGAGAUAAACUCUGUGUUUGAACACUCUGUCGCUGAGCUGGAGCAUUGGGCUCAGCAGUUGAUGCGAAAUCUGGCCACAAAGGCCACCAACGAAAUGAAGGCAAAAUCGAUGAGCUAUCGCCACGAUGCUUGGCCGACAAUGCCCGAGCAGAAUAGCAGAGAGCCGUUUAUUCUGUCGCCAAGCGGCGGCGAAAUGUUCCAAGUGGUAGUCACCCUGCUCCAUAAUCUGGAGAGCGAACUCUCCUCCAAUCUGUUCAACCAGACCCUCCGUCUAAUAGCCCAUCAAAUCGAUGACUUCAUGCUCGAGAGCAUGGUAAUGAACACCAAGUUUUCACCGGCGGGGGCGGCGCAAUUCAAUUACGAUAUGACGCGCAACUUGUUCGCACUCUUCGGUCAGUAUACCCGUCGUCCAGAGCUGCUAUUUAAGAGAAUUCACGAUGCCAGCAAGCUGUUGACGGCGGCCAGAGGAACGGCUUUGUUGUUACUGGAAACCCUGCGAAGUAAUCAGUCGGCGGAGGAGAAAACGAAACCGCUGCGGGAGCUGAAGGUGCUUAGCAUGGACAGCAAACAAUGCAUCGAAGUUCUGGAGCGACGAACGGACAUUAAAAUGUUUUAAAAAAGAAAACUAUCUUGUAAAUAUUACAUUUACACACAGAAAUCUUCGUUUUUAUUGGGUUAUAGGAAUUUUGAACGCCAGCUUUAUGCUAAAUAAAUCAAAUUAUAAAACGUAAUGA